AUGGCGGAGCCGAACGCCUUCAUGGCGGAGCGCGACCGGCGGGUCGCAGCUAACAGGAAGCAGCUCGCGGCGAUCGGGAUCCUGAACGCGGUGGAGGGGAUGCGGGAGGCGCAGGAGGCCAUCCGAGCAGAAGCCCGCCGUUACAGAUCCCCUCCAAGGCCAAGGCCCCUGCGAGGCCCUUCCCGAUCUUCUGGUCCUCCAAGACGAUCGGGAAGAGUGGCCAAGCAGCCACCAAAGCGUUACUACGAUGAUAUGGCGCUCUCCUGGCCUGGUGCCACGCCCAGGAAGCGUAGGCAUGUUGGCAAAUCAAGGAGCUCAAGAAGAGGACCAUCGGAUCGCUACGCACAUUAUGGUGAUAGCUAUGCCACAUCGCAAGCAGAGGAUGCUGCUGAGGCGGCUGCCACAUCCUUUGCUGAAAAGUGCAAAAAUUUGUGCUCAGUGAAGGUGAUGACGCCAUCUCAGGUUUCUGGGGGCUUCUGGAUGAACCUCCCCUACCAAUUUUACAGGGAGGUUGGGGUCUACACGAAGUGCACAUCCGAAUUCCGAUGCGGAGAUGACGAAUGCGACUGGGAAGUCGUCUGGCUCCCACAUGGGGGAGGCGGAGGACUGAGUGGCCAGUGGAGAGAAUUCUCAAUCCGACAAGUGGGAACAUCCUUGCCCUCCAUUCCUCAUGCUCCACCCUUACAGCCGUUUGUUAUUCUGUUUUGA